AUGAAGUACAUCUACCUUUUAGUUGUUAUAAUAGUGGUUACGGCUGCAGAUAUAAGCAGUUUGCAGCCGUUUCUAUAUCAUCAACAUCCCCAACUACAAGACCAGCAUCAACAACAAGUGUACACAACAGAACCCAUUCCCAUUAUCAGACAGGAACAGAUCAUCAAUCCUGAUGGAUCCUACAAAUGGAAUUAUGAAACCGGUAAUGGAAUCAGCGCUGAGGAGGCGGGCUUUGUCAAAAAUUUGGGUAUUCCUGAACAAGAAUCUCAGGCUGCUCAAGGACAGUAUAAAUACACUGCACCUGAUGGCCAGGUUAUCCAGCUACAGUAUGUAGCAGACGAAAACGGGUUUCAACCACAAGGAGCUCAUUUACCUACAUCGCCACCAAUUCCUGCGGAGAUCCAGAAAGCAUUGGACCAUCUAGCUACCCUUCCUCCUCAAGCACCACAAUCGAAUCAA